GGUGAUCGUAGUCGUAGUGGGAUCGACAAAGCUACUUGGAUCCACGACGGCCACUUUCGACGGCAGUAACCACGAAGACGCCAUGACGACACAAUCACCCACAUCGUCCUCGACUCGGAUCUCCGCUACCAUCGGUCUAGUCGCCACGGUUUAUCUUCUUCUGGCUACACAGGUAUGCAGCGCAGCUUAUUACGGCAAGCUUAUUGGGAAGCUGUCAGAACUUCAUCACGGCGUCAGCGGUGAAGUUUACGCGGUGGACGGGCGAACUCUGUUCAUCAAGGACUUCACGUACGACGGCGAAGCACCAACUGCGUACUUUUACGUCGGCACUUCGAAGACCCCCAAUGGCAACGGGAUCAGGCUUCGCGACGAACGCGGAUCAGCCGACACGCUGAAGCGAUAUCCAAAAAAAGACAUUACGCUGACGUUGCCCGACGGCAAAACGCUUUCUAAUGUCAAAUGGUUCGCAGUCUGGUGCGACGAAUACUCGGUGAACUUCGGGGACGUCAGAAUACCGCGAGGGUUCGAUUUCCCGAAGCCACAAAAAUUGGCAGCACUCAGCGGAGUGCACGGAGUCAGCUCGGAACCGAUCGUCGCCGUAGACGCGCAAACUCUUCUGAUACCUAACUUCAGCUACGAUGGCGAAGCACCCGACGCGAAAUUCUGGGUGGGAGCCGGGCCGUCGCCCUCGCCCCAGGGAAUCCGCGUUCCGGACGAGAACGGAAGAGUGCAACCGUUGCGUAGAUACGAUCGCAAGACGAUCGUACUCACGUUACCCGGCGAUUUAACCAUCCACCAGAUUGGCCACUUCGGCGUCUGGUGCGAGGCAUUCACCGUCGACUUCGGCCACGUGCAAAUUCCGCAGAGUCUCAACGUGCCACCCUCCCUGAAGAUGCUCGGAGUCUCGCCGCAGUCGAAACUGAACUGCGAGGUCCUGGAGGACAAGCUGGCCUUCGAGGUGCGCUGGGCCGUGGCUGGAGACAGUAUAGUCGGUCAACUGGUUGCCAAACUUGACGAGGGACAGUACAUGGCGUUCGGAUUAUCCGCGAACCCGGAAAGAAGCCUGAUGGUCAACGGGGACGUGGUGGUCGCCUGGGUCGAUAAGGAAACUCUUCAAGGGUAUGCCGUCGAUUAUUUCCUCGACGCCAAGUCCCAGUGCUCCGGUGGACGCGGCAGUUGCCCGGAUACCCGUAUAAAGGAGAGCACGAAUUCCAUUCGAUUGUUGAACGCGGCUUUGGUCGACGGGUACAGUAUCGUCACGUACCAGAGACCGUUGAGAGCGAGCGACGAGCUGGACCAUCAAAUCCUGACGAACGGCUCACAGGCGAUCAUCUGGGCCAUCGGCCCUCUAAACGAGAGGCAGGAGGUCAGCUUUCAUUCGGAUUAUCUGAAAACCGACCGCUUCAUCGAUUUCGGCAGACCACCGGUCUGGAAUUGUCCCGUUCCGGAUCACGAACACUCUCAGAUAUUGCCGGAUCCCGACAAGGGCAGCAGCACCCAGGUAUUUCGUCGAAAUCCGAAUCGUAUGAGGAAUACGAUGAACGAAUUUAAUUUUUCUAAACAGCAACUGGUCGUGAUCACAAAACCGCAACGCCCGGCGACUCCCGCGCCGGUUUCCAAGAACGGUGCUUGGGAAAUUCCGCCCAUUCAAUGCGACGAACCUGAAGACGGUGUAUUGUACGCGCAGAUGGGACCCACCGGAGGAAAGCACGGCUAUCCCGCUAUAACCGGUCACGUCGGUUGGGGCAUCUCGUGGUACAUAAACGGGCUGCUGAUUCCCGAGAUAAACGUGGUCCGCGGUAAAACGUACACUUUCUACGUGGAAGGUGGCGACAAUCCGGACGUCCCGGCUCGUUACCAUCCUUUCUACAUCACCGAUGACCCCGUCGGUGGUUACCAGCACAAAACACCCGAAGAGAAAGCGAAAGUGAAAAUAUUCGCCGGUGCCCAACGCCAGCGGGGCGUGUAUCGACCAACGGGCGUCGGGCGUCUGUGCAACUGGGUGCCCGAUCAGAGUAAACCCUCGGACGAAUUCUCGUCGUUUGGUGCUUAUCAACGCACGCUGACCUUGGAAUGCGAUAACGGCGAUCCAGGCAUCGUACAAUGGACUCCGGAUAAGAAUACGCCCGACACAGUGUACUAUCAGUGCUUCACGCACCGUUAUCUGGGCUGGAAGAUAAACGUUCACGAUAGUUGCGAAACUGGCGAAACGGCCGCCAGCGAGAACCACGAGGUGUACGUGAACCCGAAGAGCCAGCAGACGCAGGAUCUCGAGGGUAGCUCCAGUAUUCGCGAAUCGAGCAAGGUAACGCCAACGGCGGAGUUUCUUCAGCAGCAUCUUCAUCAUCCACAUGGUGAACACGGGAUUCGUUACUCUUACCAUCAUCCAACGACUAACCCCGGCAAGCUAAGCACGUCAUACGCUACGCAGCUACUAACGACAGCUAAUAAUAACAAUUACCUCCGCUUGAAAUCAUCGUCGCCGUACGAGAUGGAGCGAUACGUGCCGAAACCCGCGGCGGCUAUACCAUAUCGUCACGAGGUACGCGUGAAGGAAACGCAUCACGCGCACCUCGACGAGGAGAAGCAUCAUCAUCACCAUCAUCACCAGCAGUUAGCGCCGAUCUAUCGCGAACAGUCGAUGGUUGGCACCAGGACGAGCUACCCUGGCCGACAGCACGUCAUGGAAACGGAACUGUCUAACCAGCAAUUGUCUAACCUCGUUCCAGAUAACCCACGACCAAUGAGCCAUGGGAUGAAACACGCGUUCCCGGCCGCCAGCAGCCAGCAGAUGCUGUAUUCGAGGCCGGUCGCUCAUCAUUACGCGAACAAUUACCAUCAUCUUUAUCAUCUGCCUUUUCCGCAUCACUAUCAUCAUCAUCAGCCGGAGCAGAGAACCCAACUGAUGAUUAUCAAGAAACCAAUGCUGUCGCGUCGUCCGAUGUUGCAGACCAUCGUGCCGCAACCUACCAUCGCGCUACCCUCGAGACCGAUAUUUAUGGAAAGAAAGAAAGCCGUUUACAGACCGACCGUUUCCACCUACGGAAGGCGAACGGUAGAGAAACUGCCCGAGAAGGAGAACGAGAACCUUCAGAAGCUGAAGAAAAUCGAGUCUAAGCAGCGGGUCAAACUGGACGCGAAAACGUCUAGCUUGGACGUCCCGAGUACUUUCGUGACUCCGAUGAAACCCGCCAGAAAUACGGGUUUCAAUCCGGAUUCUAUAGUGAUAGAGGGCGGUUUCAAGCCCAUUAUCAGAAAUAUCGAUUCGGACGCUGUUCAAAGGAGAAGUUCCGAGAAAGCGGAGCGGGAAGAGGACGCGCGCGUUCAAGAAGCCUCGAACCACAGAUCGAUCGACAACUUCGAGCCGGUGUUCAUACCCUCGCCGCCGGUUCCAACGGUGGACACCGUCAAGAAAUCUAAGAAGAAGAUUACGAAAUCGCGCGCGAGCGGUGCGGACGACAUGGAAAUGGCUGCGGACAAGACGAACGCUUAUUAUUUACCGCCUAGCACGAUUUCGAAGGAUGCACCGUCGUCCGAAGUACUGAUCACCUACGACGGGAAGAGAUUGAAAGAUUCUGGUUUGGCCAGGUCGAUUUCAGGGAUCGAGGAGCACUCGAAAACGAGACUGUCUUCGGAUGUACUCAGCAGAACGCCGCAGUUUGGUAGGUUUAAAGGGGAACUGCCGCCUCCGAUUCCCGGGGAGGUUCGAUCGGACUAUUCUCGGCACGAAAACACGAAGCUAACGCUCGUCGAAAGAUCCAAGAGGUCCCCACACGAAGGACACGUUCACGUUACGAAUUCUCAAGCGAACGGCACCGUAGAUCAUCACGGUCACCACGGUCAUCAUGAACACUCAAUGUCCACGCUUGUCAGCGCUGGUCAAACGGUGAUCGCUAAUUUAGGAUACAUAUUGUUGGCCGUGGUCUUCUACCACGUGAUUUGAUAAAAUUUCCUGUUAAUUAUAAAAUUGCAAGCUCGCUACAUAUUUCCUGGAGAACAUCGACAAUUGGGAAGACCUUUUCUCCGAUCUCUAGAAUUAUACGUUGGGAACAUUGAAAAUAGAUGCUGGAUGGAUUUAAGUAAGCUACUGGGAACGGUUAGUUGACGGUCAUCGUUCGACGCAAUCUUUCAAUUUAGGAGCAGUUCCAAACUGAUCAUGCGUAAUGUACGGUGACUCGGCGGAUCGUAGAGAUAAUCGACACGAUAACACGGGAGAGGAAUCUAACUAACCACGGAAUAAUGGCUAUUUAUUCAAGAUAUUUAUUAACGGAUUAUUUUCCUUUACGAAAACGAUGUCUAACAUGUAUCUUGAUAACCGUCGGUUAUCGAGUAAUGGCUGAUCUCUAUAACUUCAUAGAUAAAACGCUAAAUGUUCAUUAGGAAACGAAGGAGUCGAAACUUCUGAGGCGCAAGGAGGAAUCGUGCAAGGAUCUUAUUAUUCUACGUGCUAUGACGACAGUUUGUUCUAGGCUAUUAUAUACUUGUACAUAAGUUAAAUUAGUUGUUAAUAAAGAUUGUGUAAUGGA